GGGACCGAGCCAGCGAGUGUAGAGGGGAAGGGAGGAGGAGAAGAGGGGGAGUGGGGUGGGAGGGGGACGCCAGGAGCGUGUGUCACUCGCUCACUCCACUCCCUCUGUGUAUAUAGGAUGUGCUGAAUGGUGUUCUUCAGAGCCGCUGCGGUCGCGGAGGAGGCAGCGGAGGAGGAGCAGGAUCCUAAGCCCCAGCCGAGCCCGAACGGGCGGCAGUGGUGGCAGCUGAAGCAGCAGCAGCGGCAGCGGCAGCAGCGGCAGCGGUAGCGGCAGCAUUGGCACCAGCAACGCGAGCAGCAGCAGUGGCUACGAUUACAGCUGGUUUUCUCUUGCCCUGUCCCUCCUGGUCCGCUAGCCAAGCCCCAGUGCCCAGCUUGCUCCUUGCUCCUCUGUGCUCGGUCGCCCUUGGCUUCUCGGCAUCGGCUGCUGCUCCCAGACGGGCGCCUGACACCACUUUCCACUGAGGGCAUGGACCCACGCUUACCCGCCUGCUCUGCACUCCUGCGCUGAACCACCUUUUCCUUGGAGAAGGGAAAGGAGAAAAAAGAGGAGGGGUGGGGGAAUAGUCAAAAGAACCCACCCAUACCAAAACCAACCCAGACCCCAAUCCCACUCCCUCCCUCUAUCUCACCCCACUUCUCGCCCCUUCUCGGAUUGUCCCUUCUCAUCUGCUGGGAAGCCUCCAUGUGUGUAAAUGGCCGGGGCACAGCCAGGAGUUCACGCUUUGCAACUCAAACCUGUCAGCGUCUCCGACAACCUGAAGAAAGGCAUCAAAUUUGUCAAAUGGGAUGAUGACUCUACUAUUGUUACUCCCAUUAUUCUGAGGACAGAUCCACAAGGAUUUUUCUUUUAUUGGACAGAUCAGAAUAAGGAGACUGAACUCUUAGAUCUCAGCCUUGUCAAGGAUGCCAGAUGUGGGAAACAUGCCAGAGCCCCAAAGGACCCAAAAUUACGUGAGCUUUUGGAUGUGGGAAACAUAGGACGCCUGGAACAACGAAUGAUAACUGUGGUAUAUGGUCCAGAUUUGGUCAACAUUUCCUAUUUGAACUUAGUAGCAUUUCAAGAAGAAGUAGCCAAGGAAUGGACAGAUGAGGUUUUCAGUUUGGCAACAAACCUGCUGGCACAAAACAUGUCUAGGGACGCAUUUCUGGAAAAAGCCUAUACCAAACUCAAGCUUCAAGUUACUCCUGAAGGAAGAAUUCCUCUCAAAAACAUCUAUCGCAUGUUUUCAGCAGAUCGAAAACGUGUUGAAACUGCUUUAGAAGCUUGUAGUCUUCCAUCUUCAAGGAAUGAUUCAAUACCACAAGAGGACUUCACUCCAGAAGUAUACAGAGUUUUCUUAAACAAUCUUUGUCCUCGACCUGAAAUCGAUAACAUCUUUUCUGAAUUCGGUGCCAAGAGUAGACCAUAUCUUACUGUUGAUCAAAUGAUGGAGUUUAUCAAUUUAAAGCAACGCGAUCCCCGACUCAAUGAAAUCCUUUAUCCACCCUUAAAACAGGAACAAGUCCAACUACUGAUUGAGAAGUAUGAACCUAACAAUUCCUUAGCAAAAAAAGGACAGAUCUCAGUGGAUGGAUUCAUGCGCUAUCUGAGUGGAGAAGAAAAUGGAGUCGUUCCGCCCGAGAAACUGGAUUUGAAUGAAGAUAUGUCUCAGCCACUCUCUCACUAUUUCAUCAAUUCUUCACACAACACCUACCUCACAGCUGGCCAGUUAGCUGGCAACUCCUCAGUAGAGAUGUAUCGCCAAGUACUCUUGUCUGGCUGUCGCUGUGUGGAGCUGGACUGCUGGAAGGGAAGGACAGCAGAAGAAGAGCCUGUCAUUACUCAUGGUUUCACCAUGACAACAGAGAUCUCUUUUAAGGAGGUGAUAGAAGCUAUUGCUGAAUGUGCAUUUAAGACAUCACCAUACCCGAUCCUCCUUUCUUUUGAAAACCAUGUGGAUUCUCCAAAACAGCAAGCCAAGAUGGCAGAAUAUUGCAGACUAAUAUUUGGAGAUGCACUUCUUAUGGAGCCAUUAGAAAAAUACCCACUUGAAUCUGGAGUUCCUCUUCCAAGCCCUAUGGACUUAAUGUAUAAAAUUUUGGUAAAAAAUAAAAAGAAAUCACACAAGUCUUCAGAAGGAAGUGCCAAAAAGAAGCUUUCAGAACAGGCAUCCAAUACUUACAGUGACUCAUCCAGUGUGUUUGAACCUUCAUCUCCUGGAGCAGGAGAAGCAGAUAUGGAGAGUGAUGAUGAUGAUGACGAUGACGAUGACUGUAAAAAGUCUUCCAUGGAUGAGGGAACUGCUGGUAGUGAAGCCAUGGCCACAGAAGAAAUGUCUAACCUGGUAAACUAUAUACAGCCAGUGAAAUUUGAGUCUUUUGAGACAUCAAAAAAAAGAAACAAAAGUUUUGAAAUGUCCUCUUUUGUGGAAACCAAAGGACUUGAACAACUAACAAAGUCUCCAGUAGAAUUUGUAGAAUAUAACAAAAUGCAGCUUAGCAGGAUUUAUCCAAAGGGAACACGUGUGGAUUCUUCAAAUUAUAUGCCCCAAGUCUUCUGGAAUGCUGGCUGUCAAAUGGUAGCUCUUAACUUUCAAACAGUAGACUUGGCUAUGCAAUUGAACUUGGGAAUGUAUGAAUACAAUGGGAAAAGUGGUUACAGAUUAAAGCCAGAAUUUAUGAGACGACCAGACAAACAUUUUGAUCCAUUUACUGAAGGUAUCGUGGAUGGUAUAGUAGCCAAUACUUUAUCUGUUAAGAUCAUUUCAGGUCAAUUUCUUUCUGAUAAAAAAGUUGGCACUUAUGUGGAAAUAGAUAUGUUUGGCUUACCAGUGGAUACCAGGAGAAAAGCCUUGAAAACCAAGACUUCUCAGGGGAAUGCCGUGAAUCCAGUCUGGGAAGAAGAACCUAUAGUGUUUAAGAAGGUGGUCCUGCCUUCUCUGGCAUGUCUAAGGAUAGCAGCAUAUGAAGAAGGAGGUAAAUUUAUUGGUCACCGGAUAUUGCCUGUACAAGCAAUACGACCAGGUUAUCACUACAUUUGUCUGAGGAAUGAAAGGAAUCAGCCUCUGAUGCUCCCAGCAGUCUUUGUAUACAUAGAGGUUAAAGACUAUGUACCAGAUACAUAUGCGGAUGUAAUUGAAGCAUUAUCAAAUCCCAUCAGAUAUGUGAAUCUGAUGGAACAAAGGGCUAAACAGCUGGCAGCACUGACCCUAGAAGAUGAAGAAGAAGUAAAGAAAGAGGCCGAUCUUGGGGAAACACCAACAGAGUCGAAGAGUGAACCCAGACCGGCACCAGCAGAGAACGGGGUCAAUCACACUGCAUCACUGGCACCAAAACCACCAUCUCAGGUUGUCCACAGUCAACCAGCCCCAGGUUCAGUAAAAGCACCUGCAAAAACUGAAGAUCUUAUUCAGAGUGUCUUAACAGAUGUGGAAGCACAGACAAUUGAGGAAUUAAAACAACAGAAGUCUUUUGUGAAACUUCAGAAGAAGCAUUACAAAGAAAUGAAGGACCUUGUGAAGAGACACCACAAGAAAACCACUGAUCUGAUCAAAGAGCACACCACAAAGUACAAUGAAAUCCAAAAUGAUUACUUGCGAAGGAGGGCUGUGCUAGAAAAAAAUGCAAAAAGAGACAGUAAGAAAAAAUCUGAACCCAGCAGUCCUGAUCAUGUUUCUUCAACAAUGGAGCAGGAUCUUGCUGCCCUGGAUGCAGAAAUGACACAAAAACUGGUAGAAUUAAAGGACAAGCAACAGCAGCAGCUACUGAAUCUGCGACAAGAACAGUAUUAUAGUGAAAAAUAUCAGAAGCGAGAGCAUAUCAAAUUGCUUAUUCAGAAGUUGACAGAUGUUGCAGAAGAAUGUCAGAACAAUCAAUUAAAGAAACUGAAAGAAAUUUGUGAGAAAGAAAAGAAAGAGUUGAAGAAGAAAAUGGAUAAAAAAAGACAGGAGAAGAUAACAGAAGCAAAGUCAAAAGACAAGAGUCAAAUGGAAGAAGAGAAGACUGAAAUGAUCCGGUCAUACAUCCAAGAAGUGGUGCAGUACAUAAAGAGACUAGAAGAUGCACAAAGCAAAAGACAGGAGAAACUUUUAGAGAAACACAAGGAAAUUCGUCAACAGAUACUGGAUGAAAAACCAAAGAUGCAGGUAGAACUUGAUCAGGAAUAUCAAGACAAAUUCAAAAGGCUCCCCCUGGAAAUUCUGGAAUUUGUACAAGAAGCCAUGAAAGGAAAAAUCAGCGAAGAUAGCAAUCACAGUUCAGUCUCUUCCUCCAUCACCUCAUAUAGCAGCAAAGCAAACCACAAAUCUCCCCCGAAUGAGGAAGAACUAGAAGAAGACAAUGCAGAAAGAGUAUUUGAUACACCCCUUUGACUGUGCCCCCAGUCCACAAGCAGCAUCCACAUCUUCACAAAGUUUUGUCUUUCUCCCCUCUUAAUUUGAGCAUGGAGCAGCUGCUGGGAUCAAGAGCCUUUGCUUAAUACAGUGCAUAUCUUUUGAAGGAGUCUUUUUUGUACAGUGAUAUGGAGAGUUCUUUGUUCUCUUAUCUUCAGUCAAUCAUGCUGAAACAUACUACAAGUCUAAUGAGGAAGAUAGCAUGCAUAUAAUACACACAUAGACAUUUACUUUCUUUUUGUUAGGUCAGAAUGGCACACAUGCACCACUGGGAGUAUUUAAAGAAGAUAGCCGUUUGCUGGUUUUUGUCACAAUUCAGAGUAAAGUGUCAGAAACCGAUGUAGAGAGUGACAGAAAUGUGCAAAUGCUAUUUAAGGCCACGCAACAGCCAUAUCUGAGCUCUUCAUUCUAACUGCCUAUGAAUAGCCAUAACAUAAAUCUAAUAAUUGUUUUAAGUUGUUUUAUCUUCUUUGCUUCACAAGCACUGGUGGCUUGCUGUUUUAAUAUGUUUAUCAGAAGUAAAAUUAAUAAUUUUUGCUGCUGAAAAUUUCUUCAAAAGGAACAGUGGUGAUUUUUUAAAGUUUUCUUUUUCCUUGAACAAAUAAAUAAAUAAGUUUAACUUCCUUAUAUCCAGAUGCAGCCAGACCAAUGGCCUAAAACAUUAAAAACAUAUCAAUAUAGUUUGUUAGGGACUACUUUAGAUAUCAACCCAGAUAAUUGCAGAGCUAAGAGGACUCUGGCUCCUCCAAGUUUUUUGAGGCUGUUUCUACAGAAAAAAUUGUGUUUGACCAUUUGGAUUUCCAGGCCAUAAACUUACUAGCUGUAGAAGUACAUGUAUUGAUCAAAUAGUUGGCAAUUAAUUGGCCUGUGAUGCAAAGAGUAUAGCUACCUUGAGUGUAAUAGACAGCCAUAGUGAACAGACUGUAGUGAGUCAUAUUGACUAUAGACUAGUUCUGACAUUUUAUGGUCUCUUUAUUUUGGGGUAUAGAGAUAAAGAUUGAAUAUUUAUCUAGAGAAUACACAACAACCCAUAUAGAAAUAUAUCGUGUAUCCAUACAAAUGUAUACACACAGAACAACAUAUGUGUAUCUCUACACAUUCAUAUAUAUGGGGGCAUAUUUAUUAUUUGACAGUGAACCCAAACUUGUGUAUAAAAAAAUAAAUGAAAUCCAGGUGUAAGUGGAUAGGGAAAGUAAGCUUCUAAUAUCUAAAUUAUGUAGAUAUUAAAUUAUGUUAAAAUAGUCAGAAAAACAUUUGUUGGCAUUGGUGGCAUAAAGCAAGGCUCUGUUCAAAAAUGUGUAUAUAUAUUUAUUAGGGUCAGAUGCAUAAUAUUUAUACACACACAUAUUUUGCAGGCUCUAAAUAAUUGAUUUUAAGGGGCAGUUGUUUCAGAGUCUCUCUAGAUGUUUGAAGGAGAUAGGAAAGAGAAUGAGAGUACUGGAGAUGUUUCAUUUCCUACCAUUAUCUUUUCCCUAACUAAAAUUCCAUUUUACUAAGGUGUGAAACUGAAGCAUAAGCUCAAAGCCCAUCCACUGAAUGAUUCACAUUAUACAUUUAAUCCAUUGAACCACAUUUUAAUGAGGUUAAAGAUUAGGAAUCAUCUCUAUUUACAUAUUGUUGGACUACAAAAAGAAAAUCAACUACAUGUUAAAUGUCAAAUUAUGAUACUUGAACGUUUUAUUUGGGUCAAGAUGUUUUUAAAAGAAAAACAUAGAAUCUUUAGAAAUCAGCAUAAGUACUUUUCUGUUGUUUGAGACCUGUGAUUUCAUUGGCCAGAGGGACCUUCUGGUAGAAGAAUUUCCUUCACUGAUCAGUAGAUUCUUAGUAAUUUAUAGUAUUAUAAACACAGAGAAGCUGCAUGACUUGUCCAGGGUCACACAAUUAAUAUGUAUCAGAGGCAGAACUUGAACUCAGAUCUUCCUGACUCCAAGGCCAAGAUUCUAGCCAAUACUUUGCACUGCCAUUCCAUAAAAUAAUACUUAGUUAAAACCAAUAGCAGUUAUUCCCACAGUUUUAUUGAAAUUAAAAUAAUUAUCUUUGACAGUAGCAAAACAAAGCAAUUAAUACCCCCAAAACUUUUCUGCUCUAUAACUUGUAUUCUACCAGGAGUUUUCUAUUUCUGUGUACUUUAUAUUAUUUAAAUUUAAGCAAUAACUACAGGUCAGUCUUAAGUUUCAAUCAAGAUCAAGCUUGGGUUCAAACCUUAGAAAAUCUUUUUUUUUAACAACUUUAAUAAGAUGGGGGGGGAGUCACCUGAUGUUUCAAGAGGAUUGUAUUUUGAACUAAAUUACUUUGAUUCAUUGAAUAAAGCUUCCACUUCCACUUAGAAAAAGGGAAAUUCUUUGUAAAUAUUUCUACUUCGGCACUUUGAAGAUAAAGAAAGUGAUCACAAAGAAGCUAUAAUGGUCUCCACUGAAUGCUACAUUUUAUAAUAGAAUUCCAGAUUACCUAAAUAAUAUAUGAAGUAAUAAAGAUAUUCAUAACUCCACAUUAUUGUAAAGAAUACUGUAGAUUGUGCUGAAUUUUAGUCUGAAAAAUAGACUAAGUAACCUUUGAUUUCUACAAAAACAGUUCAGUUAUACAAAACAAUUCAGUUAGUCGGUUUCCGUAUCUUAACCACACUAGCCAUUUUGCAAUAUGUUUGUAUUUGACCAUUUACUGUAAUCACAUUUUUUAUAUCUGUACAGUGAUACUUUUUGCAGUUGUAGGGUAGUGUAACACUGUAUAUCUUGCAUUGUUGAAAUUAUAAGUGAUACAAAUAACAUUUAAUAAUAUUAAUAUUACUUGAAAUAGGCUAAGAUGAAGAAAAAAGGGUCUUUAUAAUGUGCGGUCUUGUGCCUUUAUGUAUUUGCCUUGUUCUGUGUUGAAUGUAUGAAAUUCUGUACUGUGGAUGUUUCUCUAAUAGACAGUAGAGCCUUGCAUUUACCUAGAUUGUGCUCUUCAGUUAUCUUUACACUACUGAAAAUAGUGUGGUUUUGGCAGUGCGAACAGAAUUUUCAAAGUUCUAAUGAAAUGCAAGACAUUUUGGAUUUAACAGUUUCAUUAUUGCCAUAUAUUAAUUAAUACAUGUGUAUUAGUUAAGCAAUCAUUGGAUGAUUUCUCAAAGAACGUUGCUUGCGUUUCUUUGACUUUAAUGUUGCUCUUGUACAUUGUAUUAAUAUUGUCUGUGAUGGAUUGGACUUUGUGGUUUUUGCCUUUUAAGAAAAAAGAUAAGACAAACUAUUUGAGCUAUUAAAAUGUACAUAUUUUGGUUUAUCAAUCUCAAAUUGUUUAAAAUGCAUAAUUCACAUUUUUGUAAUAAUUCUAUGCAAUUUUGUGGCAUGAUGUUUCUUCCACUGGUAAUUUUAUGUGCUUUCAUCACAGUUCCAAAGGAAAAAAAUAAAAAAUUUCUUAACACAAA